GGUCGUCUGCACCUGAUGGCCACAGCACGUCCGAAUCAUUGCUGGCUUCCUGGUGUAGGGAGUGGAACAACAACAAGAGCAAAAUCUACCCUGUGUAUAAUGGAUUACAGUACAGUGACCAUGAAAUACUUGUUUGUUCUGGCUGUGAAUGUUCAUCUAAUAUCAGCAGCCUCUCACUCUCUGCAGUACUUCUACAUUGCAGUAACUCCAGGAAUAAACUUCCCAGAGUUCACUGUGGUGGGUCUGGUGGAUGGAGAGCAGUUUGUUUACUAUGACAGUGACAUCGGGAAGAUGAUCCCAAAGACAGAGUGGAUGGAGAAGAGAGAGGGUGAAAAUUACUGGACCAGAGAGACAAAGAAAGCACAGGGUAAUCAGGAGAGCUUCAAAGUUGGUGUGGGUAAUCUAAUGCAGCGCUUCAACCAGACUGGAGGGGUUCACACAGUGCAGGUGAUGUAUGCCUGUGAGCUGCAUGAGGAUGGAACCAAGAGAGGAUACAGACAGGAAGGUUAUGAUGGAGAAGACUUCCUCAGUCUGGAUCUGAACACAGGCACCUGGACUGCAGCCAACGCUAAAGCUGUUAGUAACAAACAGAAGCUGGACCAUAAAAAUGUCGCCAACUAUCAUAAAAACUACCUGGAGAACACUUGCAUUGAUUGGUUAGAGAAGUAUGUGGAGUACGGCAGAUCCAGUCUGGAGAGGAAAGUUCCUCCUGAGGCGUCUCUGUUCCAGAAGGACUCUUCUUCUCCAGUGGUGUGUCAUGCUACAGGUUUCUUCCCCAAAGCAGUGAUGAUCUCCUGGCAGAAGAAUGGAGAGGAUCUGCAUGAGGACGUGGAGCUCAGAGAGACGCUACCCAACCAGGAUGGAACCUUCCAGAAGAGGAGCGUUCUGACCGUCUCACCUGAGCAGAGGAAAGGAAAUGAGUACACCUGUGUCGUUCAGCAUCCCGGAUUGAAGACGGAGCUCCGGCUUUCUGAUCCCAGAGUCCUGUCAGGUGAUUCCUGCAGAGCGCGGCUUCGGGCUUUCGUGGCUGUUCUGUGCUUCGCUGUGAUUGUGUGUGUCGGAGUAUUCGUUUGGAGGAGGAAGCCUUGCUUCAAACCUGUUUCUGGAAAGCACAAAUGCUCGUUUGAGGAAGAAUCGUUAUCCAACAUCUCCAAAAGACCAGUGCCUCCAUGCUGAGUCGUCACAAGCCGUACAUCUGUGAAUUCAUGAUACCAUCAAUGAAGUGCAACUCCCCAAGACCAGAAGCACUCAUGCAGCCCCACGCCACACAGUUUGGAAGCCAUCAUUUCCAAAAAAUCAUUUGUCUUGCUCUCAUCACUUCAGAGUCCCAGUAGUCUUCAUCUUUUUCAGCAUGGGCCCUGGCAAAACCUAAGUGGUCUUUUUUGUGCAUGGGCUUUAGGAGAGGCUUCCUUCGUGGACGACUCCCAUGCAUGCCAUUCCUGUGUAGUGUAUGCCGCAUUGUCACAGGAAACAGUCACCCCAGAUUACCUUUUUACUUCUUUAGCUCAUUGCAGUGAACCUGCAUGGUGACUUUCUAAGAUAGUUUAAAUAUAAAUCUAGAUUAGUGUAAUGUGGAGUAAGCUGCAGCUUCCUUCAUGCCUCUCCAGAAUCUCUGUCCUCAGUUGCUUCAGUCAUCCAAUGGGGUCGUCCACAAUGCUAGUGUCUUUCCGGAUACUAUGUGUGGUGUAGAUAUCCAUGAAGGAGGGGACAGAGAUCCCAGUGAUCUUCUCAGCUGUCCUCACUAUACGCUGUAGGGUCUUGUGGUCUGAGGCGGUGCAAUUCCCAAACCAGGCGAUGAUGCAGCUGCUCAGGAUGCUCUCCACAGUCCCCCUGUAGAACAUGGUGAGGAUGGGAGGGGGGAGAUGAGCCUUCUUCAGUUGCUAUGUUACUGUGUGUUCUGGUCUGUGUACUGUUGUGUGUUUGCCAUGUGGGCGCUGGGUCAUCGCUCUGGUAUUGUUUGGUGUUUGCUGAAGUGUUCCUAAAAUGUAGCUCAGUGUGUGGUGUGUAUGCAUGUGUGUGGUAUGUGUGGGCUGGGUUGUGUAGCACUGUGUGGUGUAUUAGAGUCUGUGUGGUGUUUCAUAUAGUGUGCAUUACUGAUGAAGUACUGUAUAAGGCCACUCCACGCUGGACGCAUAGCAUCACAUGGCAGAGACAGUACAAAGUAAUGCAAUACUACACAGACUGAGCCACAGUGAGCAUGCUAAUAGACAAGUUCAAGCUCAUUUUUACACUACUUUUAAUUAUUUUUUGAUUUCCAUUAAAUUUAAUGAAAUAAAAGAAUGAUUCACAACAUCA